AUGAGAGACAUAGCUGACAGUGUUGAGUAUGUGAACGAUUCCGUCGAGCUGUGGAAGGAGCUACAGGAUCAAUGUGAUCAGACGAAUGGGGCUAAGUUGUACCAAAUUCAGAAGGGAAUCAACGACUUGAGUCAGGGAGUGCUUGACAUUACUGGCUAUUACACGAAAAUGAAGAAACUCUGGGAGGAAUUGAAUACUCUCAGUGUCAAGGCACAUUGCAGCUGUAUAUGCACUUGUGGGGCAAAGGAGAACAUGCAUAAGGCAGAGCAGGAUAUGAGGCUCAUACAGUUUUUAAUGGGACUUAAUGAAGUGUAUACGGUUGUUCGAGGAAGCUUACUUAUGAUGAACCCCUUACCAAAUAUGGCACAGGCAUUUGCCCUUCUAAUACAAGAAGAGAAACAGAGAGAGUUUAGGCCCAGAAAUCAACUAGACAUUGAUUCCACAGCAUUGAAUGCGAACCUAGGAGGAAGGAAUUUCAAAACAAAUUAUUCUACUGGAACUGGAAACCAAAAUGUGAACAAUAGGGCUCGACCUUUUUGUGAUUAUUGCAAACGACAAGGUCACACUAAGGACAAGUGCUAUAAACUCCACGUUUAUCCUCAAAGCUUCAAUCAAGGACCACAACAACAGUAUAGACAAGGUACACAAGGGUACAAUAACAAUACAAAGUUCAAUAAGGGAAGAAAUGUCACAGCAAAUGCAGUCACAAGUGUUGAGGAAGGAGAGAAACUUGAGCUUCAAGGAGAAAGCCAAAGCCAAAAUGUCAACCUUACAAAAGAACAAUAUGGACAAAUUGUUAGCCUGCUGCAGCAUUUUCAGACGGGAAGCAUUGGAGAAGGCUCAGCUAGUGCAAACAUGGCUGGUGGAGCAUCAAUGAACUUUGCAGGUAUGAUUGCUUGCACUUCUUCAAUUGAUUUUGACAAUCCAUCAUGUAAAUGCUUUAAUGCAAAGGCUGACUUGUGGAUAUUAGACUCCGGGGCAUCACACCAUAUGACCUUUGAUAAAUCUCACUUGCAAAACAUAGUAAGCCUUCCUUAUCCUCUAUUAGUGAAACUUCCAAAUGGCUAUAAAGUCAAAGUAAGUGAAAUUGGAAGUGUAUCCCUAACACCUGAAAUCAUCCUGUACAAAGUUCUGUUCAUUCCUUCAUUCAAAUUCAACCUGGCCCCUUCACUGAAGAGGCCUCUGGAGAUUGGUAAGUUGUUGGAUGGUUUGUAUUUCCUUUGCUCCAAGUGCCUGAAGAAAGUAGGUCAACUACAAGAUGUGGCCUCAUCCCCACAGCCCCUGACAAAACCACUAGCUUUCAGAAGAUCCAAUAGGGAGCAUAAAUUGCCCUCACAUCUGAAUGAUUAUGUUUACAAAAUACCAAAUUUAAAAUGUACUACCAAUUUUUCUUUGCAUGCCAUGUCCUCCAACAAUAACCACAUCAUUUCUGAUGCCCUGCAUCCUAAUAGUCAGCACAUUGUAGAGAACAUUUCCAAUGAUAGAGAAUCAACUUCAUAUGAAGAAGCUGUUGUAUAUCCUGCCUGGCAGAAUGCCAUGACACAGGAGUUUGAUGCUUUGUAUGCUAAUAGGACAUGGGAUCUGCAAGCUGGUGUAGACUAUACAGAGACUUUUUCCCCAGUGGUCAAGAUGACCACUGCGAGGUCUCUCAUUGCUAUAGCAGCAAAGAAGAAGUGGCAAAUUUCACAGCUAGAUGUGAAUAAUGCAUUUCUCCAUGGAGAUUUGCAUGAGGAGGCCAGUAGGCAGUGGUAUGAUAAGCUAACUGAAGUGCUAUAUUCCAGAGGAUAUGUGCACUUCAUGCAUGACUAUUCCUUGUUCUACAGAAAACAGAACUCCUCUAUUGUCUUUGUAGCAGUAUAUGUGGAUGAUGUGUUGCUCACAGGGACUGAUUCUGAAGAAAUUGAUCAACUUAAAGCUUUCUUACAUGAUAAGUUUAAAAUCAAGGAUUUGGGACAGCUACACUAUUUUUUGGGGCUGGAAAUUCUUUACAAGUCAGAUGGCAUUAUUGUCUCUCAAAGGAAGUUUGUUUUGGACUUAUUGAAGGACUAUGAAUGCCUUCACUGUCCACCCCUGACUUCUCCUCUUGAUCCCACAAUCAAAUUGAAAGCUAAAGAAGGAGUACCACUUUCUGACCCCACUUUCUACGGGAAGUUGAUUGACUCCAGAAGAUCAGUGUCUGGAUACAUUGUGUUCCUAGGAGGAAGUCCAAUUAGUUGGAAGUCUAAGAAACAAGAAACCAUUUCUCUUUCUUCAGCAGAGGCAGAAUACAAAGCUCUUAGAAAGGUUGUUGGUGAGCUUGUUUGGCUAUCCAGGCUGCUUGAAGAGCUUACUGUGUCAAUCAAUCCACCUAUACCUGUACAUUGUGAUAGCCUCUCUGCACUACAUAUUGCUAGGAACCCUGUGUUCCAUGAAAAAACCAAGCAUAUUGAAGUUGAUUGCCAUUUUGUUCGCACCAAACUCCAAGAGAAACUCAUUUCACUACAUCACAUUGGCACUGGACAACAACUUGCUGAUGUACUCAGUAAGGCUCUUACUAGGAUCAAACACUACUCUGUACUUAGCAAGUUGGGUGUGACUUCCUCACCUCCAACUUGA